AUUCUCAACCCGGCCAGCGCCCCGGCCCCCGAGCUAUCCUUCCUGCCCUAUCUCAAGACUGCUUUCCCACCUUUCGGUUUCCCUAAUAAGCACAACCGUCCAACAUGCGCCGCUUACAAGAACGGCCACUGUCCUCUGGGUCCUGCCUGUCCUGACCGUCACUACACUCCUCCGAACGAGCGAUCUGGAAUUGGCCACCUCAUUUGCAAACAUUACCAACGCGGACUGUGUAAGAAAGGCGACCAGUGCGAGUUCGCACAUACCUUCGACUUGCGUGGUGAAAGAGAAUGCAAGGAAUUCAGUCGCUUCGGACUCUGUCCCCAGGGUGAUGAAUGCACCUAUCUCCACAUCGCUCCCACCUCACCGUUGCGCAUUGCUCCCUGUCCUCACUUCGCUCGAGGCUUCUGUCCUCUUGGUCCAUAUUGCAGCCUGCGACACAUCAAACACACCACCAUCUGCCCUUUCUACCUCGCUGGCUUCUGUCCAAAUGGUCGAUCUGGUCCUCCCGACAGGGACAAUGUCGUCUCUUGCGAACAUGGAGCUCACCCAAAAUGGAUUGACGCCAAGGAUCUG